AUGAAGCUCGUAUAUCUCAUUGCGGCUUCGCUAGUGCUUGUACUCGUCUCCGGCGAGAUUUCUACUAAAUCAUCACCGGCUCCGGCACCGGAUCUACCCGUCGACGCUGCAGAUUCUCCUCCAAUCCCCGCACCUUCACCGAAAGUUGGAUCUCCUUCUCCGAUUGAAUACUCUUCUCCUCCGGAACCGGAAACAAAACACUCUCGAUCUCCAUCUCCUUCUCCGUCAGACUCUCCAUCGAUCUCUCCGCCGUUGCCUUCUGAUGAUCAUCCAUCUCUUUCUCCGCCUCCAUCUCAGUCUCCGUCUCCAUCGCCUGAAGCUAGCGAUGUGAAUCACAGCAGCGACAUUACCGGAGUCGAAGAGAAAAAGACAUCGGGAGGCGGUGGAAUGAGCAGCGGGACGAAAGCUGGGGUCGCGUUUGGGACGAUCGCGGCAGUGUGUGUGGUUGGAGUCGCCGGAUUUGUGUACAAGAAACGGCAAGACAAUAUUCGCAGAUCUCGGUACGGUUACGCCGCCAGAGAGAUUCUGUAA